GGAAAUCCAUUUCCACCUGAAACGUCACCGUUUUUUUUUUGUUUGUGUGUGGAAAGAAGUGAAACCCAGUUCAAGUCAGUGACUCUCCUCACAGUUGGGUGAGAAAAUGGCGUUGGAAAUCCCAGAAGAUCUAAUAAAACGAGUCCAGAUCUCGCUUCGCAGAGAAGCCAAUCUAGCUUCGUACAACCCAGACGACACGUCGCUUCCAAACCUCCCUUCACUCCAACAAACCCUAUCCCAACUCGAUCCAUCGCCACCUUACCUUCGCUGCAAGCACUGCAAAGCUCGACUCCUUCGAGGUAUCCAAUCCUUAAUCUGCGUCUUCUGUGGCCGACACCACCACCUCGAUCCCAUUCCCGACCCCCUCGUUUUCCGCAACACCUUCGCUUGCCGCUGGUUCCUCGAUUCCUUAGACCUCGAUGGAUCGGAGACAGUGGGACCAUCCAUUAGAGCAAAUGAAUCAAACAGAGGACAAAGUGCAGCAAAAGACGAGUUUCCCCUGUCUGAUUUGUUAGAUUUAGAAAUAAGAUGGUCUGCUGAGUCUGAGAAAGUUGGGACUAGCUAUGUCCUAAAUGAGACACCAAUUCAACGAAAAAAUGUCUUAAAUUUGGCUGAAGUUGAUCUUGACAACUUUUUUGAUGAUGGAAAGAGAGAUGUGGCUUCUAGUUCAUCUCAAGUUUCAAACAAACAAAUUGGGAGUACAGAAAGUAAGGAUUUUCAAGUUUCCGCAAAUCUUAAUUUGUUCGAGAAUCUUCAGCCGUCUGAGACAGCUACAAGGUCUAUGGAAAGCAAGAGUGGUGACUCUUUUUCUGGUUGGGAGGCAAACUUCCAGUCUGCUAAUUCAGGAACUUAUCGUGAAGAAACCAAACCAUUUGACCCUUUCGUGGGUUCUGCGGGUGAUAUAUCUGCUCGUAUGGGUGCAGUUUUUGAAACCGGAAAAGAUGCUACUGAUGGAAAAGGAGACGAUAAUACACUUCCAUCAGCAUCCACGAAUAAUGACUUGUUUCAAGAUGAUUUAUGGACUAAUUCCAGCUCAGGGAUAAUUGGCCAGGCUGAGAGGGUUGAAAUGACUGCAAACGUUAAGGAUGGUGUAAUAGCAGAGAAUGCAAAUAUUUCUUCCUCCAUGAAUGUUGAUUGGCUACAAGUUGAUCUAUUGCAAAGCAACAAUAAGAAAGCUCCUGAUGUUAAGACCACCAAAGAAGAUGAUGAUCCAUUUGAGGCAUGGAAUGAUUUUACAAGCUCAACUAGUGCACAAGAUCCUUUUCAUGGUUCUUUGAAACAAACUGUUAAUGAGGCGACACCUUCUGCAGAACAGACAUCAGAAAUCAAUUUGUUCGGCUCGGUAAACAACUCACAAGAUAUCGAUUUUGGUAGCUUUUCACAACAAGAUUUAUUUUCAGGAGCAGAUAGCAAUCAAUAUGGUUCUUCAGAAGUGCACAAUAAUCCAUCAGAGUCUUUUAUUUCUGACAGGAUGCCCAACACAAAUCCAACAGUUGAAGGAGAUGCUGAAGAUGUUACGAAAGGUGGAGAUGUUUCCAGCGCAAGAACCAGGUCUAAUGUUGAUGAUGUAGAGACAAUAAUGUCACAAAUGCAUGAUCUUUCUUUUAUGCUUGAUGGCAAUCUCUCAAUCCCCCAGAAGCGUUAAGUGAGGGAGACAUCUUCUGUACUCUGCAUGGGCAGCUUAUAAUUCAACUGUCGAAGGAAUGUUCAGAAAUCUGUUACCCAAUUCUUCUUGAAUAUGUAAUUUUGUUAUAUAUACUGUCUGUAUUCUAGUUCCAGUUGUUUCAAUAUAUCCGUAUUCUUUA